AUGUUAAAUAUAAAUAUAUUAGAUUUAAUAAAAAAAAAAAUAAUACCUAUUAAAUAUAUAAUAAAACCAAAAAAUUAUUAUCGUGAUAAUUUUUUAUAUAAUAAUUUUAAUAAAUAUAUAAUUGAAUUAUUUAAUUUAUUAAAUUCUUUAAGUAUUAUAUAUUUAUAUAUAUAUAAAUAUAGUUCUUUAAAACAAAAAAUAUUAUUAUCUACAGAUUAUAUUCAAUAUAUAUUUAUAUUAAAAUUAAUUACAUCUUUAACUUCUAAUUAUUAUAUAUAUAGUGAUAUUUAUUCUGGAAUAUUUUCAAAUUGAUUUUUUUUAAAAAAAAAAUUAAUUAUAUAUAAUUGGUUAAGGUAUUUUUUUUUAACUAAUUUAAUUAUUAAAAAUAAUUAUAAAAAUAUAUUUUACAUAUAUUAUACUUUAUAUCUUAUAUAUCUUAAAUUAAAAUUAAAAUAUAAUAAUUUAAGAAAUUUAAAUACAAUUCCUAAUUUAUUAAUUUUUAUUAUUUUAGAAAAAAAUAAAUUUUUAAAAGAAAUUUUAAAAUUAAAUAAAAAUAUAAUUAUUAUUAGUAAUAAAAAUUUAAAUAAAAAUUUAUUUAAAAAUAAUAUUAAAAUAAUUACUGAUACUAAAAAUUUAAAUAUAGUAUAUAUUAUAUUUAAAAUAAUAACUACAUCUAUAUAUCAUGGUAUAUUAUAUAAUUAA